AUGCAGCCUCAUACGCCAACGUACUCCGACGCCCGCUCCGAAAACAGCGUCAGCUUCAGCAGCUCUCGUUACGGUCGCAGGGGAGUGGACUACAGCAAGUACAAAACACGGAUGUGCCGCAACUACACAAUGGGUGUCCACUGCCCCUUCGGUGAGCGCUGCGCCUUCUCCCAUGGCGAGCCUGAAGCGAACCAGAUGCGCGUGGAAGAGAACGAACUCCCGCCUCCCCCGCCGUACUCGGAGGCCAUCCAGGCAGAAAUGGUCCUGCCGCCCGCCUACCCAUCACGGUUCCGCCACGACCCGUACAGCUUUGCUGGAGUAAUGUUCGAGGACUGA